AUGGAUCACGUCCAAUCUUUAUCGGAGAGCAACUUCGACGCGAGCAAGCGGGUUAUUGUCCUGAUACACGGCUUCCUCGGUUCAGGAACUGCUGGUUCCAAUAGAGCUUUAGUUCCUGCAUUCUUGGAUGGUGAGGACGUCAACGUAAUCGUUGUGGAUUGGAGUCGUGGAGCUCACUGGGGCCUAAACGGAAUACAAUCGGGCCGCUCCAUCGCUCGCUUCAUUGACUGGUUGAACUCGAUGACGGGCGCGUCCGCUUCCCAGUACCAUAUCCUCGGGUUCAGCGUCGGCGGCCACACAGCCGGCAUCGUCGCCAGACACGUUACUGGAAACGUCGCGUACGUAACCGGUCUCGACCCUGCCUCCAGGUGGGAGAUAGACGAGUUGGUGGGCCCCAACGAUGCCGACUACGUGGAGAUUAUCCACACGAGUGCUGGAGUCAAUGGUUGGAGGGAUCCCCUAGGUCACACUGACUUCUAUCCUAAUGGAGGCAACGUUAUGCCUGGCUGCACUCUAAACAUCGUAUGUGAUCACCAAAGGUCUUACGAAUACAUGGCCGAAUCGGUGAGAACCGGUGGUUUUACGGGAUGGGAGUGCAGGUCUCAACCCGAAGCUUCUAUUGGCUCAUGCAAUCUACCUGGCAGAUUAAAUAUGGGAGGUCUUCAGCCCAAAACUGGGUAA